CUUAACUAGAAGACAGUCUUCUCUGGGAAGUCCAACUCUCUGGUCAUUCCUUGACCACUAGCACAACAAGUCCUUUCUUUAUGCGAAACAUUAAAAAGUGGAGGUUUUUUUUCUAUUGUGAAUUUUUUUUUUAAAACUGUGAUAUUUUUUUGUAAUUUUUUUUUUUUGAAAAAUUUGUUUUUGUUUGAAAAUUGUUUUUUUUUUUGCAAAUUUUGAAUUGUGAUGGUAUUCUGUAAAUUCAUAGUACUGUAAACAAAAGUUCUUUUUUGAAAUAAUAUAUUCUCUCGUUGGAAAAUGAUCAUUGGAGAUUUAUUUGGGAAAGUGGAAUAAAUUUUCAUUUUAAACAUUCAAGUUGCGUGUAUGUGGAUUUUUUUCGCAAUUCACAGCAUCCAUAUAGAGUUGAAUUGAAAGAGGCAAAAACACAACACUGAAGUACUGUAGCAUCCAUCAACAACUCUAGAAAGGAGGACUUCUACUUCUCUUUCACCAUGACAACGGCAAAGAUAUUUAAACCUGGAACUCAAGAAUCGUUAAUUGAGACGGCAAGAAAAACCCCGCCGAUUAAAGUAGGAAAACAUUUGAUUAAAAUUGAACCUGAAGAAUUUAAUGAAUUUUAUGCUGAAAAGGCGCGAAUUGAAUUAAACGAAACUCCCGAAACUGUGAAACGUGGUUUGGAGGAACUCAGAAAACUUCUCAGAGAGGAACCUGACUUGGUGAUACCAGAUGAAGAUGAAUUUUUAUAUAAAUUCCUGAGACCCAUUAAGUGGGACGCAAAAAGUGCUUUUGAUUUGAUGAAAAGAUUUUAUCAAUUUCAUUUCAAUAAUCCACGAUUUUGUAAAGGAUUGGUGCCAAAAAAUGAAAGAGCCGUCUUGAUAUCCGGUAUUUUAACGUUCCUUCCGGAACGCUCAGAUGGAUGUAGAAUUUUAAUAAUUCAAAGUGGUAAAAAAUGGAAGCCUAAACAAGUCUCGUUGGAUCAAAUAUUCAGAGGUGUAAUGCUAUGCUUAGAAGCUGCCAUGUCAGAACCAAUUACACAGGUUUCAGGCGUUCAUGUAAUUUUGGAUAUGGAUGGUCUUAGUUUAGGUCACGUGACACACUUUACACCAAGUUUUGCAAAUGCAGUUUUGGAGUGGGUCCAAAGGUGUUUACCCUGUCGGCUCAAAGGUGUUCAUAUUGUCAAUCAACCAUACAUAUUCAACAUGGUUUUCGCUAUCUUCAAACCUUUCAUCCACGAAAAAUUGCGAAAAAGGAUACAUUUUCAUGGAACAAAUAGAGAUUCAUUGUUGGAGCAAUUAGAAGCUAAAGCAAUUCCAACAGAAUAUGGUGGUGAAUUUAAUUUGCCAAAGGAACCACUUGGCGAAGCACUCUAUGAAUAUUUUCAUGCAUAUGAAGAAGAAUUUAUAGCGAGCUGUGCUAGGGGAUAUUCCUCAAAAAGUUAAAAUUAAAUUUUGUGUCCUAAAGAAUUUUUUUUAAUUAAGCUGUAGUGAUUUUUCAAUUCGUCGCUUAUUGAAAAUAGACGAAAAUGUAAAAUUUUAGUAGUUUUGGAUACGAAUUUAAAGUUUUUUUAAUGUUUGUAAAUUUCCUAAACUAUUUAUAAAUAUAUUAGCAAAAAUAUAUAACAAAAAAACUUCUACAG